UUUUGAUCUGUGUCCUCUGCGUCCGCGCUCGUCGUCUCCAUUGACGAGCUACUACGUUCGUGCUAUCCGUUGUAGUUCUUUUUCAUCACCCCGUUUCGUCACGAAAAGAACCUUCCCAAAAAAAAUUUAGCCACCAGUGAGAGUAGUAGAUUCUAUUCUCUUCUUCGAGCAGGGGCAGUAGAGCAGGACUCGCUUCCAGCUCUUUUGAUUCUUCUUGACGCUGCUCGAGUCGUCCUACUUGUGGUUCAGAAGGACAAGGUCGUCUUUCUGCGCGGAGCCGAGCUGUAGGUGCUUGCGCGAUUGUGGUUCGUGUCUUGCUCCUUGACAGAAUCUACUGAUUCGCAAUAACCUGGUGCAAGACCAACAGCAACAUCCACGAUGGAAGUCUUCUUCUACGUCCUCGCGAACGGGUUUUUCCUGCUUGCCGGUCUAUUGCUGCUGAGGGACAGCACGAGAAAAAAUGAAUAUGGGAAACCGGUGCAAGUCAUGGUGGCCAGGGAUACACAGGUAAUACGAGAUAUUUUUGCAUCAGUGAUUUUCUUUAAGCUUCGCUUCUUGUUGCACGGGAGUCUUGCACCAUGAUGUCAAGUUCAAGAUUUUCAUCGUGCUCUGGAUGUUGGAAGUGGAGUACGAGUAUGAUUGUGCAAAAAAAUCAGAUAAUGUUUUUUCUCGGCACGCUCUUGCGUUUCUACUGGAGCGCAUCACCACCGGCAGUAUGGAGCAACGAGGGCCCGAUCGUGCGAACCCUGUGCCAGGCCGACAUCUGCAUUUCGCCGAUAGUAUGGGGCUGCGUGCUCGCGUUCGUGGCCAUGCAGCAAACCAAAUACUGCGAAAGUUUGUCCCUGCCACUGCCGCUCUUCAAGGACAGCACCAAUGUUGCGGCGCUUUCCGCAUCGGGGAUGGCGAAGAACAGAAUAAGAUUGCCACUCAACUAGGCAAGGCAAAAACUUUUGAAAUAUAUUGUGCUUCUGCAUCUGCUCUCCAUUUUUUUCGACGAUGUAAAAAAGCGUCAGCGUCGCAUGCAUCGAUUUUGGACAUGAUAAUGCUGCAAUGAAGAGGUUUGCACGAACACGCCAGGCGAGGCAGAGCCUGUCUCGGGCGGGACAAACACGAAACGCAUUAGCAUGCUGGAGAAUCUGAUUUUCCCACCUUAAUCUAUGUGUCUUUCGUCUCUACUGUGGUCUCGCAACAAAUAGUGCAUCUACAUCUACUUCAAUCGAGUCUCGGCAUGCGCUGCCGGUGUCAAUAAACAAGCAAUACUAGACACUGAACACAAAUCUGGGACGAGAACAACUGGCAGGGCACAAUUUUCGCAUUCUAUAACACCUGGUUUACUCUCACAGUCGCUACGCUGCUGUUGUCCAUCUUCCUCCACCACAUGAAUCCCCCAUCCGUAUGAACUGUAAUUUCAUUCUUGUUACCGUAGUACGGAUACUACCUACUUGAUGUACUUCUUCUACUUGCAUUUUUGCAUUAACAAGUUCUUAUAGGCAGCUAAAUUUCCUAUGCAGCUGUCCCAAACUCAAACUUUGUCACGCAUGUUGUUCCUGAUUUGCGUCGCGUCUGCAUGUACGGCUACGGUACUAAAAGCUUGUGAUGCAUAACCCACUUGGCACAUUGACGAGGAGGAUGACCAGCCCUGGCCAAUGGCAGACGUGUCCGUAGUCUGGAAUAUGCUCCUGGACUGCGUUGCCAUGGUAUCGCUUAUUUGAAAUGUUUCAAGAACACAGUGAUGCUCCACCGAAUCUUCUUACUCUGAAUAAACGCAUAGCACAGCACCCGCCUUAAUAUCAUUUUGCUUUUACUGCUGGAUCAUCAGACAACUCAUAUCUCAUACACUUAUGCGGCAUCUCAUCAAGCAAGAAGAUAUAUGAUGCGGCCUUUUGAAAUCAAUAACAAUAUCAAUUUCAACAGUUUCCGCAACUCUACAUCAUCUACGUUACCCCCGAACCACCAUCAGACGGCGCAGCCAACUUUGUCGGAAUCCUCUGCGUUGCACGGGUCCUGCGUAUGGUUGCAUGGGGCCACAUCAUCUUCACUGCAUGUACUAUUCGAUUUCGCAGCUGCGGCCGUCAUUUUCUUUAUUUCAUCAUGCAUCUUCAGGAGCGGUUGGUCCAUGCUCCGUACCACAGAGAGAAAGAGCCAGGUGGAGCCAGCACAUGCGUACUAACAAUUAGGCAAAAUAUUAAUAUGCUAAUUACGCACGGCAAACAUGAAAAAUAAACAGGGGUCCGGUCCAUUGGUGUUCCGGGGUUUUUGUGGUGCUACGUACUGCCGGACUUCUGCCACAGUUUGCUGAUGGGCAAGUACUUGUGGCUGUUUCUGUAUGGAAGCGUCAGGUGUGAAAUCGACAAAGUUGAAAUGAUUUGUCAUGCAUAAAAUGGAAAUACCAGUUGGAAGACCAAUUUCCACGCUGCGCAUGACAAAUUUUCGGAGCACCGGAAUCCAAUUUGUCAUGCUGUUUGGGCGCAGGCAGAAGACUGCUUUUGUCAUGCUCCUUUAGCAGCUCUAUCCCAAACCCUAAAUAGGCUCACAAUCUGCCUCUCUUGCCAUCCCGGCAAGACAGGCGCUUUAUGUCUUGCAUUCUAUGCAUGACAAAUCAUUUCAACUUUGACGAUUUCAAUCCUGACAGAUCCAUAUUCUGGCGCGAAUCAAGAAGAACCACCUCGACCUAUCCUGUGCAAAAGUAUCGUACUCGUAUAAAUGCAGGUCUUGCAUUACAAAUUUCUUUGCCAAGGCAAAUCAGCAUUACAAAUUUUAUUUCUCAUGCUGAGAAAAUUUGUAAUGCAUUUAUACGAGUACGAUACUUUUGCAGUUCAUACGACCGCUGGAUGCACAACGUCGACGGAGAGAUGGUUUAA